UGGAGGCGUUUCUGCCCACCCAGCUUGAUUGCGUUUGGGGCGCUUCGUUUUCUUAAGAGCUGCUCGAAUUUGCCCUGACAGCUCAGCGUGUGACCUCAUGUGCUGUAGUUGGCGCCCUGGGCGAGCCGAUCGCUGUCUGCUCGUACUGGCCUCAGGCCGCUUAUGUGACUCGAGGCUGAACGGGCCGUCCUGACCCGCUCGAGGAACAGCGGGGCCCCACAAUGGCUGCCCCAUUGUGGGCCAGGGGAGGAUAUUUGGAGAGGAAGUAACGGGGGUGGGGGGGGAGCAGAUGUUGCCGGGCCAUGGAGACCCCUCUGGGGGCUCGGGCUUUCUCCCCAGGGGACCACGCGGCGCAACUGUCGGGUUGUGAGCAGAAGAGGGGUGUGCUUGAGAUUACCUUCCAGCCGAUCAGUGGACACGGAAAUGGUGUGCACAGACCGUGGGGCAAGGGUGGACGCAGGAUGUUAGGAGGACGCUGCAGUAGUCCCGGUGCCAAACGAUGGAAAAGUUCACAGAACAGUGUCAUAACCCCAGUGCCCCACACCCAGCUUCGGCAGCAUCGCCGCGGGGCCAGAUUUUUGAGGAUAGCCCUCCCCGUCAAAGCCGCUUUUGCUGAGAUAAACCCCUCAGCUUUGAGUGUUCAGCUCACUGGUUUCCAGUGAAUCUGUUGUGCCGUCAUCAACACUCAUUCCAGGACAUUUUCAUGACUCUGAAGAGAAACGCCCAUACUCUGCCAAGGCCCCCUGGCAUCCCGUCUCUCCCAGUCCUCCACCAUUGCUCCUCUUCUGUCUCUCUGCUGAUUCCGGGCCCGACUUGGUGGAUGAACAGGCCCCUCUGGAAGAGUGAGCCGUGUGCGAUGGUGCAGCCCAGUGGCGGCCCGGCCGGGGAGCAGGAUGCACUGGGGGAGGAGCCCGUGCCGGGGAAGCCAGCCCCGCCGCACCUGCCCGUGGAGCAUGCGCCUGAGGCCCUCCAGCGCUGUCUAGAGGAGAACCAAGAGCUCCGAGAUGCCAUCAGGCACAGCAACCAGGUGCUGCGGGGACGCUGUGAGGAGCUGCAGCGCCUCCACGGCAGCCAGCGGGAGGAGAAGGCGUUCCUGCUGCACAAGUUCAAGGAGGCCAGAGCGCUGGUGGAGAGGCUGAGCCUGGAGAGGCUGGAGCUGAGGCGGCAGAAUGAGCAGGCGCUGCAGGAGGUCGAGCACCUGAAGAGAUGCCAGCAGCAGAUGGCCGAGGACAAGGCCUCGGUGAAGGCCCAGGUGACGUCCUUGCUUGGGGAGCUGCAGGAGAGCCAGAGCCGGCUGGAGGCUGCAACCAAGGAGCGACAGGCUCUGGAGGGCAGGGCCCGGGCAGCCAGCGAGCAGGCCCAGCAACUGGAGAGCGAGCGGGAGGCGCUGCAGCAGCAGCACAGCGUGCAGGUGGACCAGCUGCGCAUGCAGACCCAGAGCAUGGAGGCCGCAUUGCGCAUGGAGCGCCAGGCCGCCUCGGAGGAGAAGCGGAAGCUGGCGCAGCUGCAGGUGGCUUACCAUCAGCUCUUCCAGGAGUACGAUAAGCACAUCAAGAGCAGCGCGGCCGGUGGUGAGCGGAGCCGAGGGGCGCAGCUGGAAGACCUGAAGCAGCAGUUGCAGCAGGCCGAGGAGGCCCUGGUGGCCAAACAGGAAGUGAUUGACAAGCUGAAGGAGGAGGCCGAGCAGCACAAGAUCGUGAUGGAGACCAUCCCGGUGCUGAAGGCGCAGGCGGACAUCUACGAGGCGGACUUCCAGGCCGAGAGGGAGGCACGGGAGAAGCUGGCCGAGAAGAAGGACUUCCUGCAGGGGCGGCUGGAUCAGCUGCAGCGGGAGUUCAACCGCCUGAAGUCCAGCUACCAGGAGUCGGCCAGGAUUGAGGAUAUGCGGAAGCGGCAUGUCGAGGCCUCCCAGACCUCUCUACCUCCUGCCCCAGCUCUCCAUUCCUGUCGCCUAGUCCAGCGGAGGGAGCCGCCCGACUUCUGCUGCCCCAAGUGCCAGUACCAGGCCCCCGACAUGGACACCCUGCAGAUCCACGUCAUGGAGUGCAUCGAGUAGGGCCGCCGCCGCGGGCGCGUCUCCUGUCUCCCUGACUUGUGGGCGGGGGCUUCGCCCUGUCACUUCUCUGAGCCCUGCGCUUCAGCCCCCGCUGCUGACCGCCUCUCGUAGGGUGCGUGGCACCAUAGCCAGGCCCCAGGCUCUUCCUGUUUGCUCCGUCUGCUUGAACCGCUUGCCUCUGGGGUUCCCUCUUCUCCCACUGCCGUGGGGAGGCGGGGUGGUGGGGGUCAAGGAUCAAGGCCGGGGCUCUCAGGGAAGGCUGCUUCCCCCGGCCGAGCUGCGGGCAGCACCACGGCGGAUCCAUCCUGUGUGCCGCCAGCCGGCUGCAUCAGCCGUGAGUCACGGCCUUUGAACCCGCACCGUUUAUGUCUGCAGGUGGGGGCGAGCACCCCCAGUGUCUUCCUGCUCCCCGCUCCUUCCGCGGAGCCCUGUGGGCUGGCGUGCCCUCAGGCUGGGCUGCGGCUGAGACCUGGCCAGGCCAGGACUGGCUGCACCGGCGGUGCCCAGGGGCUGCGCCUGUGUGGAGCGUGCCGGAUGCCAGGGCAGCCGCGGGCUCCUGUUCAGGUCUACGAACGGCUCAGGGUUUCUGGACCGUCAGUCUCAGGCCCUUGAGGAGCUGUCUGGUCGUCAGUGGGCACUGGGGCAUUUGGCCCAACAUUCGCUGUCUCUGCGCACACACACCUUCCUGUCAUCUGUUGCCAAUGGCUGACGGAGCGGCGCUGCCCACGCCUUGGCUCUGCCCUCCUGUGCUACAGGCCCGGGGACGAAGCCCCACCAGCUAGCGGGGAGCACAGGCCCGGCUUUGCUGGGGCCCUUUCCGAGGUGGCCUCAGCUGUAGGCCCCGCCCUGCAGCCCAGGAGGACUGCAGGCCAGGAAGGACCCAGGCCUUCACCUCACCGGCACCCUUGGGCUCCGGGUGGGGUUUCCGCUCUGGGGCCUGCGCUAGGGUGGGAGUAUGGGGCUGAGUCCCUGGCCUAUGCUGGCUUCCUCAGCACCUGCAGCGUCCUAAAGCCCAGCUUCCCAGACAGGUCUACACUCAUGGGUGCCAUGUCGCAACCCCCACCCUGCCAUAUUCCUCAAGAGCACUUUUAGUUUGGGGGUGCAUUUGUUUCCUGUGGCUAGUGGCACAAAGAACCAGAGCCUUGAUGGCUUGAAACAGUAGAAAUUGUCUCCCACUUUUGAAGAUCAGAAGUCCAAGGUCAAGGUGUGGCUCCCUCUGGAGGCCGUGAGGCUGCUGGGCUUUGAAGGGUCUGUGCGCCUCUGGGUCAUGUGGCCUCUUGUCCCUGGAUUCAGGGGGCAGGGAGGUGACCCUUUCCUGUUACACCUCAAAGGCCCCUUUUCCAAAUGGGCCCCGUCACACGUUCUGGGCAGUACAACGUGGGCAUACGCUGGGGGUCCUCCUUAGCCACCUGGAGCCCAUGGAUUAGGGCACCUGCAGUUGAAGGCCUGGGUGUCCAGGCUUUCAGCUCACUAGUGAUGUCCUGGUGAGGGGCCCGGCCGCUCGGGGCGAGGCGGGCCCCUCAGGACAGUGGUGUCCUGACAGGUACUGCUGCCAGGCCGGUGGGCAGGACAAGGGGUCGGUGCGGGAGGAAGAGCUGGGCCCACCUGUGCCGGGUGCUGCUGCCUGCCGGGCAGGCCCAGGCUCCUGCUUUCCAGCCGGUGAGCCAGGGGCCAAGAGCUCAUCUCUCUGCAGCUUUGACCCUGGCAGAGCUUCGACAGCGAGGCCUGGGGUGGUGAGGCAGGCGGGCAUGCCUCCAGCCCUGGCUGUGACCCCCUGCGGGCUGCACCCCCACAGUGGCUCGCAGUGGAGUCAGGAUGUGGGCACGGGCGGGCAGUGGCUGAGGGCCUCUGCUCUUCUGCAUUUUCCUUCCUGGGGGCUGGGCGCCCUCAGCCCUGCCUGCUUCCUCCUCUGGUGCCCGGGGGUUGGCUGCACCUGCAGCACCACUCACGGCCAUGUGAGGGUCUGCUUCCUCCAGCCCAGCUUCCUCGGGCGUCUCAGUAAGGACUUACUUCAGGAGCGCAGCCGGGAGGCGCUGAGCGGUCCUAGUAGCCGAAGCAAGCACUGCAAAAAUGAUGUCAAGAGAGCAACAGAAGGAUUCUGGUCCUGCCCGCGGUCUCGGCCCAGUGUGGUGGGGUGAGCAGGCACUUGGGGAGUGUCCACGAGCCUCACCAGGACUCUGGCCUUGGAGGCCCACCCUGUCGCCCGCACUCACCGCACAGCUCAGCACCUGUGGUGUCACCUGUGCCCAGGACGUGCCUGGCGCGCUUCGGCGAGAGCCAGGAGGCUGCGUGUCAAGUGUGGGCCAGGGCCAGGAAAGCGUGCGCCUGCCGCGUGGGUGGGAGUAGGGGUGCCUCUGUGCCCCAGUGCAUUACGUAUUGUGUAAGCGCCCAGAAUUUGCUGGAUCACUCUGAUCCCCAAUAUAUCGUUCCCGCAAAGUCUGCCUGCUGCGUGCUGAUGUCCGAUGGCUCGACUGUUGCUUGGGGGCCACAGUGCAGCAGCUGUGCUGGACCUGCCGUAGUGACGCAGCA